UAUUCCUGGUCGGCCUGCUGAAGCUUCCCAAGCUGAGGCAGUUCUUCCUUUGUUCAACGAUGGGUGUCGACCAGCCUUUCCUUUACGAUGCUGUCAAGCAAGACAACUCUCUUCCUUACAACAGCUUCGAUCCCAAGGCCGUCACACGCGCAAGCUAUGCUCCCAAACCCCCGCGACCAAAGCAUGAGGGGCCGUUAAUCUCUUUCAAUCAGCAUCCAGACUCCUAUUUCAUCCUCCCGUCAGGAAACACAGAUGUGAAACCGAUGGACCCCUCCGUCAAGAAGUGGAUAAAAUGGAUGAGAAUAGUUCAACUGGUUUUGAGAUGUUUGGAGUUAUUGUGCUCAGUGGGAUUACUGGUCAUGAUGAUCCUGAUUAGAAAAGUCGACGCCUCUACGGGGUGGAUUUUGAGAGUAGUCCCUGGCAUUGCCAUUCUCCACACAGUCUACGGUGUCUAUCACCUGGGAAGGAAGCCGUCUGGAAGAACCCCAGCAUCAUCUGCGUCCUAUAUGCUAUUCGCAGCUUUCUUCGACAUAUCCAUUGUGCCAUUUUAUGUCUUCGGCGCUCUGGUUUCGAAGACUCAGGAAUCUUCAUGGACUACGGUCCUUUCUAACCAGGACCUUGAGCCUAUACUUGCUACGGUGGUCUUCUAUUUAGCAACUGUAGGCGGCGCAUUCUACUUCAUAUCUUUGGGGGUCUCUCUAUAUCUUGCUGUCACAUUCCGCAAGAUCACGAAGCUUCCUCCUGACAUGAACCCACUGGAAGAUAACCUCACAUCUCGCCAUAAGCGCAACAAGUCUUCAAUGUCUGUGGCUACAACUAUGUCAGAGAAACGUCUUACUUCUCCCUUGGAAAGCAAAUACAGUUCGGGGGCAGCAUACGAAGACCUCUCCCGACCACCCACAAUACCCUUCUUCCAUACCCGUUCUGGCUCUGUCGACUCCUUCUCAACCUACAAAGCAACACCCCCACCAUCCCGAGAUGCGCGUCAUGAUUUACCCAGCCUGAAACACCAGGUCACUUCCGACUCAGCUCGCUCUUCUCGCUCUACCAAUGAUCUGAAGCGGAAGUCUCAAGGAUCCGCACCUCUCAACCGCGGCUCUUAUACCGAGGUCCCCCUUUCCGACAACAGCUCGCAACGCUCCCCUCGCAAGAUCGGGAAUAUCCAAGAAGCCUGGUUCACGGCCGACUCUCUGGCCACCACCAAGCGGAGCCGGUCCGCGUCCCCCAAGAAAGCCAGCUACCAGCCUCUGCACCAACGUUACGACUCGGACGAUCUCUCAUCGCGACACGCGCAAGCACUAGAAGAGGACCUCCACACACCCUCACCCCUCUACGAACUUGACCGCGAAUCCCCGCUCACCGAGAUCCGCAACAGCAGCGGCGACAUCGCAGACCUAUCUCCGCAAGUGAGCGAGAAGCCAUCGAUCCGCGAAUUCAAAGCGAAGGGCUACGGUGAGCUGAAACCGGGAACUCCGCCCAUCAUGAUUGGCGCGAGCAGACAGGUAUCCUCGGGGAUUGAUUUUCCGAAGAAGGGAGGCUUUUGGGCGAAGGAUAGAGAUGUGAGUGGGAAGCUUGCGGAAGAAGGUCGAGGAGGCGAUGGGAGUGGAUGGGGAGCACGGUUUAGGAAAGUUAGUGGGAGGUAAUUGGAUGGAUGCUAUUAGACAUCUUUUGCAUGGUUUUGAUACAUGUUUUUUUUGCUUUUUACUUUGUUUAGCCGGCGUUAUAUCGUGCAGGAAGCAGGAGCUUUAUGCUAGGGGUUGGUUUGGUGUAUCUUGCGGUUAUGGUUUUAGAUGGUAUCUGGGAUUGGAAAAUGAGAAAUGUUAAUACCUUGGG